AGGUUUGAUGUACAUCAACCAAAAUAAUGUUGUACUUUUCAAACUUGAAGACACAAAAGUUGCCAUCCUGUACAGUUGCGGCCUCCAGGUGUCCGUGAGUGUGAGUGACGGUGGAGUCCUUGGAGCAGUGGUGCAACUCCCUCAGUCUUUCCUUUAUAGGACUCUAGGGCUCUUGGGUUUGUGGAGCGGCAAAGCAUCUGAUGAUUUGAUCCAAUCAAAUGGAAAUAUCUUGUCCUUUAACAACGGUGAUGUACCUACUGAAGAAGAACUUUAUCAUUUCGGCCUCUCUUGGAUUGUACCAACUCCCGAAAGUCUUUUUCUUUCCAAACCAACGGUGGAUGCAUGGAAAUCAUUCAGACCAACAUUCUAUUCUGUUCUGAUGACGUCCGUUCCUCAGUCAGUUAUCUACAAUGCCAACGUUACCUGUUCUGGUAUAGUGCAGUGCGUCCAUGACCUCCUGCUGACCAAUAACUCUGCAUUCGGAUUGCAGACAAGGAAUGACUUCAACGAGUUCCAUCAGUUGGUCUCUCUCUUUGGUAAGAACAAAAACCAAUCUCUUAUACAUUAUCCUUCUACAUACUGAAACAAGGGAAUCAAAAUAUUUGUUUCCAGUUGAGAUAAAUCCGGACAAAUCAGUGGUUGUUGGAUGUUUUAGGUUCAAGUCCCACUUGGAGGUCCAACCUUUGGCCGUGGCACCCUUAGAUCAUAACAAGGUUACAGAUAUAUGGAAAUAUUUGUGUAUCAGUCAUUCAGCUAUAGUGUUAAAAUAUGGAACAGAAAAUAAAUGUUCACCCCCAAAUCUAGCCCUAAGUGACCUUUAAACUGGGCUUUCAGGGAUAAACAGUAUGGGAGACUAAACUGGCAUAAUCCCCAAAUCUUACCUUAAUUGGCCUUCAGCCUGAUCUGUACUUCCAAUAUGACUAACCCCCUUUUGGGGAGAUAGAAGGUUUGCUUGGACCCAGAACCAGCUGUUUCCAUGGAAUCCCUGGGGUAUUGCUUAAUGUUGUUUCAAAAAUGAAAUUGAUCUCUUCUGCUUUUCUUUGGCACCCAGGAAAUGGC